AUGAAUGGUGACGACGAUCGAGGUCAUCGGACAGAAGAUAUCGAUGAUGAUGAUGAUGGAUCGUCUGUCGAAUCACCAAUGGAAGAGAGUCGACCCUUGCAUCUUGCUCCUGGCUUUGAUCGCUUCCCUCCUCCCAAACGAACGGGAUCCAUGCGAAGCGAUCGCGCCAUCAAAAAGAAGAAACGGAAUCCUCAUGUUGUCAAGAGAAGAGACCGGAAGCGUCUGAGCCUUUCCCAGACAACCACAACAUCCGAUCAUCGUGCUAGCAUUGUACUGGAAGGGGAAAACGAAGAUUUUGAAGAGAGUAGCUCAGACAACAACAAUGCAAGCAAAACGAAUGAAGCAUCAUCCUCCUCCUCCUUUCCAGCGUAUGAAAAUGUGGCAGACUAUGUGCAAUUGGAUGAAUCGUUCUCGCCAUUCAAUCAGGAUAGUACUACUGCUUUUCCAUCAUCAGAACCAAAGCAUUUGGAAGGGAUGAAUCAGCCAGCAACGACUGUUGAAGACGACGACGAAGGAUCGCUGGGGUCCACGGAUUUGUUUGAUCCUCCCAAGAGUGCGUUAGCGAAAUCCAAACCUUUGCUGGCAGCGGCAAUCAAAGCUAGGGAACAAGCCGAUCAGCAGCAGCAACAACAACAACAACAACAAGAAUUAGUGAAAUCCAACAACAACAAGUUGCCACCACCAGAGGAGGAUGCACCAAUUGCAGUGGAAUCGUCGGCAUCCGAGUCAUCCGAUGAUUCUUCGGUGGAAGCGUCCGUGUCGAAACCACCGCCGAAAUAUAGACCACCACCAUCACCAUCAUCCUCCGAGUCAUCUGAUGAUUCUUCUCUCGAAGCGUCGAAACCAAAACCGAAAUAUAGACGAGAAGUGCAACGAUCACUUACAUCAUCAUCCUCAUCGUCGUCGUCGUCAAAAUCCGAGUCGUCGAAAGAUGAUGCGCUUCGAAAAACACCGUCCAUGCCGCCACUACCAGCCAAGUUUCGACCAGAAGUACCGCCCGUUGUUGACGACGAUCCAUCUUCGGCAUCCGAGUCCGAGUUUUCGAUAGAUGAAGAGAAACCUCGAAAGGGAGCGGCACUGCCAAACAAGUCUUCAAAGGUAGCCAUAGACGAUCAAUCGUCGGCAUCUGAAUCCGAUUCGUCGAAAGAAGGAGAUGCUCUUCGAAAAGGAGCGGCACUGCCAAACAAGUCGUCACAGGUAGCCAUGGAAGAUGAAUCUUCGAGAUCCUCCAGUUCCGGGUCUUCGAAAGAGGAAGAGAAACCUCGAAAGGGAGCGGCACUGCCAAACAAGUCUUCAAGCGUACCCAUUGACGAUCAAUCUUCGGGAUCCUCCAGUUCCGAGUCUUCGAACGAUGAAGAGAAAUCUCGAAAGGGAGCGGUAUUUUUAAACGAGUCUUCAAAGGUAGCCAUGGACGAUGAAUCAUUGUCGGCAUCCGAAUCCGAGUCUUCGAAAGAUGAAGAGAAAUCUCGAAAGGGAGCGGUAUUGCUAAACAAGUCUUCAAGCGUACCCAUUGACGAUGAAUCUUCGGGAUCCUCCAGUUCCGACUCGUCGAAAGAAGAAAAGAAACCUCGAAAGGGGGUUGCACUGCCAAACAAGUCUUCAAAGGUAGCUAUGGACAAUGCAUCGUCGGCAUCCGAAUCCGAUUCGUCCAAAGAAGAAGAUGCACUUAGAGAAGGAGCGGCACUGCCAAACAAGUCGCGAAGCAUGCCCAUGCACGAUCAAUCUUCAGGAUCUGGCUCCGAUUCUGCGAAAGAAGAAGAUGAACUUCGAAAAGGAACUGCACUAACAAACAAGUCGCCAAGCCUACACGUUGACAAUGAUCAAUCUUCGGGAUCCGAGUCUUCUUCUGAGAAGUCGUUGGGAAUGCAUGUAUCUCGACCAGAACCAGCAAGAUAUCCACCGCCAGCAAUGCCCGUGGAAGUUCAAUCUUCAGCAUCUGACGACUCAUCAUCAUCAUCAGAGUUGUUAUCAAAAGGAGCUAAAAAAGAAGAGUCAUCAUCGCGAAAGUCACCACCCGCAGAGAAAUAUGUACCAGAGAAAUAUGGACUGGCUUCGGAAUCCGAAUCCUCUUCAUCCGACGAUUCUUCGUCUUCUCCCCAACAAGGUCGAUCCAUGCCGCUCCUCAGAAAGUUGUCGGUGCCUAUCUACAUACCAUCUGACGGGUCUUCUUCUGAUGAUUCAUCGACUAACAACGAUUCGUCGUCGUUGUCAUCUUCCGACUCCCGCUGGAAAUUGCCAAAGGACGAUGAUGAAAAUAAUUCGGUGUCAGUAAUAGCAGAGUCACAUGAUGAAGAGUCUUCGCACAUUGAAGUAAAUUCUUUAUCAUCCAAUUUGUCUGCGAAAAAUACUCCGAGCCGAGGCCCAGAGCACCUCCACCACCUGAACCAACCCACGACUACUAUGGACGACGAUGAACUAUCCUUGGGUUCAACGGAUCUGUUUGAUCCUCCCAAGAGUGCGCUUGCGAAAUCCAAACCACUUCUGGCAGCGGCGAUCAAGGCUAGGGAACAAGCGGACGAGCAAGAACGAGCAGUGAAAGCGAAUCACUUGGAGGGGUUGAAUCAACCAACUAGCAUCAUGGAGGACGACGAAGAGUCGUUGGGCACCACCGAUCUGUUUGAUCCUCCCAAGAGUGCACUGGCGAAAUCCAAACCACUUCUGGCAGCGGCGAUCAAGGCUAGGGAACAAGCGGACGAGCAAGAACAAGCAGUGAAUGCGAAUCACUUGGAGGGGUUGAAUCAGCCAACUAGCAUCAUGGAGGACGACAAAGAGUCGUUGGGCACCACCGAUCUGUUUGAUCCUCCCAAGAGUGCGCUUGCGAAAUCCAAACCACUUCUGGCAGCGGCAAUAAAGGCAAGGGAACAGGCGGACGAGCAAGAACUAGCGAUGAAAGCAAAUCACUUGGAAGGUUUGAACCAACCCACGACUGUUAUGGACGACGAUGAACUAUCCUUGGGUUCAACGGAUCUGUUUGAUCCUCCCAAGAGUGCACUUGCGAAAUCCAAACCACUUCUGGCAGCGGCGAUCAAGGCUAGGGAACAAGUGGACGAGCAAGAACGAGCAGUGAAUGCGAAUCACUUGGAGGGGUUGAAUCAGCCAACUAGCAUCAUGGAGGACGACGAAGAGUCGUUGGGCACUACCGAUCUGUUUGAUCCUCCCAAGAGCGCACUGGCGAAAUCCAAACCACUUCUGGCAGCGGCAAUAAAGGCAAGGGAACAGGCGGACGAGCAAGAACGAGAAGUACAAUUGCAAGUUCAAGAGUCACAAUGUAAAAUAUCCCAAGAAAAAUUGUCGAUAACCGAUUCACCAGAGGAUCCAUCCUACGAAGUGGAGUCCUCGUCGUCUGAAUCGUGUGCGGAUGUGCCUAAACAAGGGCGAUCGCUUUCACCAUCAAAAACAGAAGCUUAUGCAUCCGACGAGAUCACUGCUCCUUCCAUUUCUGUCACCGCAAACUUUCCAACCGCCGAAAGUUUUGAUAUUCCCUACGAUCAUGAGCUGCAGGAAAGCUACCCAUCGAAGGACGAAAAGGAAAUAUCGGAGGAGGAAGAAGAGGAAGCCAAGGAAGACGAAGACGAAGCGUCCAAGCUGAAGCGGUAUUUGAGCAAGUCCCAGCAGCACAAUCAUACGCUACAGGCACAAAAUGUAUACUUGGAGCGAAUCCUUCGAAAUCCUGCAAAACGAAAUCCUUACCGAGAAUUACAAUCUACGAAGCAGGAAAUCCAGGCCUUGCGGGAGGCUCUGCAACGAGAGAAAGAAGAGUUUGAAUUAGAGAAACGAGCCCACGAAGCGCGACGAAAUCGGAGCCUUAAACCAGCCUUCCCUGCAUCAUCGAUUCUUAAAGUCGAGAAAGAGUUGCAUAAAUCGAAACUUCAGUGCGAUAGAUUAUCGAAUGAGCAGUUUGCUCAGAAGCAGCAAAUUGCAAAGUUGAAGGUGGAGAGAGAAAGCUUAUUGCAGAACAAGGUUGCUGUAGCCAAGGAAUUAGAAACGAUCGAAGAAAAGCUGCAAACUUUGGUGUCGAGUCACGUCGGCGUUCAAUCCCAAAAUUUAUCCUUGGUGGAUCAGCUGCAUAGAAAAGAAAAGGAGCUUUUGAUACAAAGGGAUACGAACAGAAGUCUUCAAGAGGAUCAUACUGCUUUGCAGGCGGAAAUGUUGCAGGUUGUGCGAAACGAAUCGAACGCAAAUCACUUCAAGGAAACGGGAGCAAUGCUUGCUCACCAAGUCCAUUGGCAAGGAAAGAAACUGAAGGCGUUGCAAGAGGACUAUGACAUUGUCCUUCAAACGAAGAACGAGUUGGAACAAGAAACACGUGACCAAAACCAAGCUGUUUUCAAGUUGAUUCGAGAAGUGUCAAGUAUGGAACGUAAGCAGCAAGCUAUGCAAUCGUUGCUCAAUGAAGAGAUCAAGUUGGAGAAGACGGCAAACCAAGAACUCUCCCAGCAAUACAAUUCGAUGGAGACGAAGCUUCGAGAUGAGGUCGCCAAACUUUCAGAUCAAUUGAAGCAGAAAGAAGUCGGAUUGGAUUCGAGCUUGGCUACAACACUGAAGGUCAUCAAAGACAAAGAGGCAGCCGAUCAGAACUACGAAGUAUUGCUCGCGGAAUUUCGUCAUGAAAAAUCCAAGCUUAUGGACAGAUUGAAAUUCAUGGAAAACGAAUUUGAUGCCAGCAAGAUCGUGAAUUUGCAGCUUCUAAAGGAGAAGGAACAUAUUGCCCGUGACCAAAGAGAAAAAGCUGAUGAGUAUGCUCAAAAGUCCACCCUCCUAACGGAAAGAUUGGAGGUGUUACAAAAAGAGUGCGAUAUCAUGAAGGUUGUCAACGAUCGCAUCACCAAGGAAAAGGAAAUGCUUCAUGCCGAGAAAGAAGCGGCAACGCAAGAGCUAGAAGCAGAAAAUGCCAAACUUCGAGAUAAACAACGGUUGAUGGAAAUCGAGUAUUUGUCUCUCAAGGUCACAAAUCGUCGGGUGCGUGAAGAGGCAGAAGAUUUGAUUCAGAAGAACGAUGUUGCUAUCAAGAACCUUCAAACAGAGAAAGAUGCAUUAGCAAUCCAAAUCAAGACUGCAGACGAUAGAAUACAGACUCUGGAGAAGAAAUUGGAAGAUUCGGAAGAAGUUGUAAAUGCAGAGAAGUUGUCAUCAGAAGAAAUGGCAAUCCAUUCGGAGGAACUUCAAGCUGAGAUCAGUAGGUUGACUGAUUCGGUACAAAGAAAAAUGGAGACGAUAGCGUCUUUGAAAGAAUCCAACGAGAAGCUAAGGACAGACAAGGAGGAAGCUCAGGAGCAACUUGAGAUUCUUGAUGAGCUCGAAGAAGAUAAAAUUCGGCUUACGAAAACCGUGGAGGAAACAGAACUCCUGUCUGAGCAACUUCGAUCAGAGAUAAAUACGCUGACGGAAGAAAUGCACAAUCAAGAAAACGAAAUGUAUUCGUUACAACAAUCCAGUGAUGAGAUGAAUUUGGAAAAAGCAAACAUGGAGAAGAAAUUUCAGUCAGAUAUCGAUACAUUGAAAGAAGUAUUGCAAAGUCGAGGAAAUCAGAUAAAUGAACUUGAACAAACCAAUGAAGAGAUCGCUUUGGCAAAGGAAGAAGCCGAAAAGCAAAUCGAAGCUCUCGAGGAGCAGGUGCAGGCACUGACUCAAGAGAUGCACGACCUUGGAAAAGAGCAAGAGAAUGAAAUUGAGUUGCUGAAGGAGGAAAAUGCUAGCUUGGAAGAAGACAUUGCACGGCUGGAAGACGCGAGUAAGAUUGAUAACGAGCAGAUUGAAACACUUUUGGAAGAAUUGGAAGCUAGUCGUGAUAAUGACAAUCUGUUGAACGAAAAAUAUGAAGAAAUCGAGCUGCUGAAGGAAGAAAAUGCUGCCUUACAAGAAGACAAGGCUCGGCUGGAAGGAGCAAGCAAAACUGACAACGAGCAGAUUGAAGCAUUGUUGGAAGAAGUAGAAGCUGCUCAAGAGAACCAUGCUGAAUUAGACGACCAUAUCAAUCUGUUGAAAGAAAGAGAUGAAGAAAUCGAGCUGCUAAAGGAAGAAAACGCUGCAUUACAAGAAGACAAGGCUCUGCUGGAAGAAAAGAAGAGGAUUGAUACCGAGCAAAUUCAAGCUCGUUUGGAAGAAGUUGAGGCUCGUCAUGAGAAUCACGCGGAUUCUGACGACCACGUCAAUAUGUCGCAAGAAAGAGAGGAAGAAAUUGAACAGCUGAGGCAAGAACUUGAAGCCUUGCAAGAUGAGAACGAUAGACUACGCGAAGCUAGCCAAAUUGAUAACGAGCAGAUUGAAGCACUCUUAGCAGAAGUGGAAGCUCGUCGCGAGAACCACGUUGCAUCGGAAGACAGGGCCACUCCGCCGGUUGCAACAGACGAAGAAUUUGAACAGCUCCGUCAAGAACUUGAAGCCUUGCAAGACGAGAACACGACCUUGCGAGAAGCUAGUCAGAUUGACAACGAGCAAGUUGAAGCGUUGUUAGCAGAAGUUGAGGGCAAUCAAGAGCACCACCAAGAGUUAGAAGACCAUGUCCAAACGCUUGAGGAGCUUGCCCUUCAACUGAUAGCUGAUGUAAGGAAAUCGUCUCCUGAACACCAGUUCAACGAUGAUAUCCUUCGUAUUUUUGAAGAAGAAUUGAGGAUGAUGGGGUCUGCACCCGAUGCUGCUGACGAAGAAGUAGCCGGCGCGAUUGUGGGUGAAGAAGAAUUGAAGAUGAUGAGGUCGGUACCCGAAGCUGCUGACAGAGACGUAACCGGCGUGAUUGAUGGUGAGGAAAACAUGACGAUGAUGAGGUCGGGAACCGAUGCUGCUGACGAAGAAGUAGCUGGCGCGAUUGAUGGCGAAGCAUUAGCCGACAUUGAAGAAGCACCAAAUCAUUCAGGCAACAAUUACACUACAUCUAGGAGCAUCGUUGUAGUGGAACAAACCCUCGAGUCGUCAGAAGUGGACGACAAGCAUGGGGAAUCAUCACAACACAGCCAAGGACGUGUCCUGCGCACUGACUUGGCAACCAUGGGUGAACAUGAAAAAGUAGAAUUAUUGGUGGAAUAUAUAGAAGAAGUCAAGGAACUGGAGAGUUUGCUUGAAGUUGCGCAAAGGGACCUGGAACUUUAUGUCGAAGAGUCGGAGAAGCUUGAAGAUAACAUCGCUGAGCUGAACGAUCAUAUCGCAACACAAGGACAGGAGCUCGAUGCCACGGUCCAGGAGAAACAUAAUCUUUUGGACGAGAAAGAGGUGUUGGAAGCACAAAAUGCUGUUCUCUCCGUUAAAGUCAGCGAAAUCAAAGCGGAAAGUACUUUGAUUUUCACAGAUUCAAUGCAGCAAGUCGAAUCCUUAGUCGCAAGGAUAGAAGAGCAGCAGGAGGAAAUUGAGGCGAUAAGUAGUGAUCGGCAAGAGCUCCUCCAUCUAAAGGAGUCUCAUUUGCAAGAAAUGGAUGCUUUGAAAAGUCAAAUAGAAGCACUGCAAGAGGAUUUCAACGAUGCCGUAAAAGAAAAGAAUGAACUAGUCACUGCUAGAGACACACUUCAAUCCGACUUCGAAACUUGCGAAGCUGAAUGGAAACAUGACAAAGAACGUGAUAUGAAGAAUAUUACUUUUUUUAAGGGUGAGGUGAGGGUCCUCAAGGCAGAAAUAGAAAAGGUGAAAGAAGAGAGAAACGUGUUGCGCACUGAAAAGGAACAAAUCGAAACCGAAAAUGCCCUUGCAGGAUCUGAAGUCGAGAAGCUCAAGAAAGACUUGAACAUGGCAGAGCGCUCCCUCGAUCAUCUACGAACCAAGCACAAGGAAGAAGUCGAAUCCAUUGUGCAACAGCAGUCAAUGCCAAACAAAUCGCAAGGGCAAAUCGAUCAAUUGGAAGCGCAGAUACUUGCAAAGGAGAAAGAACUAGAAGAGGCCGCCAGCCGCGAAAUGUUAACGCUGAGAGAAUCCAACGAGAUGUGUGAAAAACUUGUGAAGGAGCUGAGAGAAAAGACCGAACAAAUAGACAAGAUGAAAAAAGAGCUGGAUCUUCACGCUGAAAAGCAACGCCAGAGAGAAAUUUCGAUGACUUCAAUCUUCAGUCGCGAAAACCAACUGAAUCAAGAGAUUGGAAAACUCAAAGAAGAGUUGGGGAAGAGACAACGCGAGAUAGAUGGGCAUGUCGUCGAAAAGGAGCGACUUCAGAAGGAUGCAAAGAUCCACGAGGUACUUUUACAAAACGUUCGGUCUUCUUUGGAUGAAGCGAAGAGUCGCGAGUCCAGAACACUGGCGGGUGCCAAUAUCUUGGGGUUGAAUCAAUCACGCCAACUUGCAGAACCGUCUCGGUAUCAGCAAGGCUAUCAGGACACCUCGAACGGUGUCCACGUGAACUCCUCUACUCAGCACGAAGUAGCACAACUCAAAUCUGAAAACCAGCGACUGCUUUCGCUAGCCCUUGGACAAUCACCAGAAAAGCAAAAUGAUUUUCAUAGGAAUUCGAUGGAACAAGAGGUGACGUUUUGGAAGGUGGAAAGUCAGCGUAUUCGGGAUGAAAAAGGCGCUGUUGAGGCGCUGAUGCACGAUGAGGCCGCGAAAGCGAAGAGGUUGCAAUCUGAAGUAGAAGCAUUAGCCUACCAGCAUACCAGACGCAAUUCUGCUUUGGAAGAGGUCGCAGCUUUGAAGAGUGAAAAAUCCUUUAUGGAAGGAGAGCUGCGUGAGGCGAAGAUGGCUGUUGUCAAUUUGGAACGGCAGCUCUAUAUGGAGAAAUCUCAAGAAAGCAAUGCAACUAGCCUGUUGAAUCACCAAAUUGCCCUCCUGGAAUCAGAAAAGCGAGCCAUAGAAACACAGCUGACAAGCAAGAAUGAAAUCCUUCAUGAUCUCGAGUCACGACUAGAUCGCAUGAAACCAGAUGCAGCAAGAGCAGAUGAUUUGGGUCGGGAAGUAUCUAUGCUCAGAGGAGAAAACCAGCGCUUGAACGAUGCAAAAUCCUCGUUGGAAGUGCAAUUAAAUAAAACAACAAAAGCACUUUCAAGUUUGGAAGGGAGGCUUCAAACAGCGACGUCACAGCAGUCAAACGAAGCCAUGCUCCUCAAGCAGCAACUGGCUCUUGUGGAAUCAGAAAAGUCAGCGAUUGAGAGACAGCUUUCCAGCAAGAAUUCAGUGCUUCUAGACCUAGAGUCCCGACUGGAACGAAUGCAACCUGAGCUAUCCCGAGCAGCAGCGAUGAGUCGCGAGAUAAGUGUUCUUCAAAGCGAUUUUCAGCGAAUGAGUGCCGAAAAAUCUUCAUUGGAGAAGGACUUGACCGCCAAAGCAGCACUGGUCAGGGAUUUGGAAAGACAACUCCAGAUUAAAGAGACAGAAAAAGCAAACGAAGCUCGCCUAUUCAACCGAAAGAUCGAUCAUUUGGAAUCUGAAAAGGCUACAAUUGAGACGCAGCUAAAAACCAAGAACGAUGUGCUCCGAGAUCUGGAAUCAAGACUACAGCAAUUGCAACCGGCACUUACCAGAGCCGAUACGUUGAGUCGCGAGAUCGCUGUGCUUAAAAAAGAAAAUGAUGGCUUGAGCGACGCAAAGUCUCUUUUGGAAGAGCAUCUGAAGGAAGCAUUAAAGUCAAUGACAGAAUUUGAAAGACAAUUGCAUGUGAAGGAUUCAGAACGGUCAAAUGAAGCGAGUCUCCUCAAUCACAAGAUCGAAGACUUGGAGUCGGAAAAGGCAGCAAUUGCAGCAAAGCUGACAAGCAAGAAUGAAACACUUCAAGGUCUAGAGUCGCGGCUGCAGCGAUUGCAACCUGAACUAUCUAACGCAAAAGCUUUGCGCCAAGAUAUCACGGCACUGAAAAGGGAAAAUGAGCAAUUGAAUGGAGAGAAGUCAUCUUUGGAACAGCAGCUGAGGCAGACAAAGACAAAAUCCGAUCGUUUCGAGCAGAAGCUUCAAAAUAUUGAAACUGAACUUUCCGCCAAGAUCACUACUCUCAAUCAUAGCUUGGCAAAUUUGAGUAAAGAAAAGGUCGCUGCCGAAACGCAGCUGACAAGCAAAGACAAACUUCUUAGAGAUUCGGAAUCACAGCUGGAACGAAUGGAGGCUGAACUAUCCACAGCAGAUGUAUUGAGUGACGAAAAUGCUGUACUCAAGGGAGAAAACCAGCGAUUGAAUGAUUCAAAGGUUACGCUUGAAGAAAAGUUGAAGGAAACAACGGCGGCCGUCAUUGAUUUGGAACAACAGCUUCAACUUAAGGAAACACAGAAGCUUGAGGAAACGAGCAUGCUCAAUCGCACAAUAGUGCACCUGGAGUCAGAAAAAGCUGCAAUAGAGGCAAAGUUGAGAAGCAAGAACAAGGUCCUUGGAGACCUUGAAUCAGAGCUCGAGCGCAUGCAGGUCAAGGCAUCUAAGGCAGACACACUGAGUCGCGAGUAUUUUGCACUCCUGGAAGAGAACCAACGACUUGAUGGCGAGAAGUCAUCAUUGGAAGGACAGCUAAAAGAAGCGAAAAAGUCUAUCAAGCGUUCAGAAGAAGAGCGUCAGCAAAAAGAAUCUACAGACAUCAACACAUCUAUCCAGCUCAAACAGAAAAUAUCCCAGUUGGAGGCAGAGAAAAGUGAGGUCGAAAUGCAACUGGCAAGUCAAAAGGCAUCCCUUCAAGAUCUUGAAUCUCGAUUGGACAAGGUUCAACCUGAACUAUCAAAAGCAGCAACUUUAGGCCGCGAGAUUGCAGAAAUCAAAGAGGAGAACGAGCGCCUGGCUGAUACCAAGUCCUCUUUAGAACAGCAGCUGGGUGAGCAAAGAAAACUCGUUGCAAAAUUGAAGGCUGAAAUAGAAAUUAUGGGUGGGGAUGCUGAUGAGAAGUCAUCAUUGGAAAGACAACUAGCGGAAGCAAAAGCGACCAUGAAGCAGCUAAAGGAAGACAUCCAACAAAGGGAAUCAACAGAUACCAACACCUCUAUCCAGCUCAAUCAGAAAAUAUCCCAGUUGGAGGCAGAGAAAAGUGAGAUCGAAACGCAACUGGCAAGUCAAAAUGCAUCCCUUCAAGAACUUGAAUCUCGAUUGGACCAGGUUCAACCUGAAUUAUCAAAAGCAGUAAUCUUAGGGCGCGAGAUUGCAGAAAUCAAAGAGAAGAACGAGCGUCUAAGUAAUGCCAAGUCCUCUUUAGAACAGCAGUUGAGUGAUCAAAGGAAACUCGUUGCAAAAUUGAAGACUGAAAGAGAAAUUAUGGGUGGGGGGGACGCUGAUACUGAUCACCAUAUUGAAGAGUUAGAACAGCAGCUGGGUUCGAAGGAGAAGGAAAUGGACAAAAUCAAGCAGGAAAAUGACAAACUGGCGGCAGAACAGAAGAAAAUGAGAGGAACAAUCAAGAAGCAGAUGGAAAUUGUUCGUGGACUCAAGGCUGACCUGAAGGCAGAAGUAGAAAGUGAGAUUGCAGAACUUGUCGAAGAGAACGAACGAUUGGAAAGCCAGUUGGAAAAAGCGAAAAACAUAGCAAUUCAGCUAAGGUUGGAUCUGAAACAAGCACUCAAAGCACACAUUGGCAGGCAGCUCGAAAGUGUUGAAGAGGAGCCUGAAAUGUCUUCCAACGAAUACGAUAAUAUUGUGGCACUACAGAAAGAAGUGAAACGACUGCAGAACGAGCAAUCCAAAGUUAAGAAACAGCGCGAAUCCAUUGAGCACAUCAAGGCAGAUCUAGAACUUGAAAUUCAACGUGAGAUUUCGAAUCUGCAAAAGAUUCGAAAGAGCAAUGAAGAAGUGGUUGAAGAGAAAAAGCAGCUGGUGAAAGAAGUGCACGAUUUGAAGGAACUCCUUGCACGAACAACAGCGGACCUGAACGAAGCAAAGUCACGUGAAAAAGCUAAUCUGGAGAAAAAUGAAGCCCUUGAGAAAGAGCUGGCGUUGCUGCGAAGUGGAAACAAGCAGAUAGGUCCGAAGCACUCAAAUCCUCAUGUCGAUAACUCGGGUGAAGUCCCAGUCGCAAUCCAAAGGGAGCUGCAGGAGCAACGGGCAUUGGCGGAACGAACAGCUGAAGAACUGAAGGCUUUGAAAGCUAGAGAGUUGGUAAACCUUAAGCAAUCCAACAAAGCCACCGAAGCACUAGUGACCAAGCUCCAAGCGGCGAGGAACGAAAUUUCAAAGUUGAAGGAGAAGAAACAGCGGGAGCAAGAAAAUGAGCUGGCGGAUGGCGCUGACCAGCAGGAACAAGAUGUUUCAGAUUCAACGACUGAGGAAGAGAAUGGGGAAGACGUUUCAGAUUCAUCAACUGAGGAAGAGGAGAGGGGAGAAUUUUCUGAGUCUACGUGGGUACAAAAGCCGCAAGCACAGGCUGCAAAGUCAGGGAAGACGGAUCAAGAAGAGUUCGAUUCUGAUGAUAAAAGUGAGUCAGGUUCUAUCAAAAGCAGCAAAUCUGAAAAGUUACGAGAACAGAAGGCAGAAAUGGAAGUUACUCUGCAGGAUCGCUUGAAGCACUUCACGAUUCAAUCACUGUUUGGCGGAGAUCCAGACGACGGCGGCGCUUGA